AAGGGGUUUGUUCACGUUGCAGCUGUCGGGGUUUAUAAACUCAUACGGGGGGGGAGCAAGGUGGGGGCUGCUGAUGGGUUGUUUCAGACUUCACUGCUUAUUUCUAUAGGGCUAUUCACAAACUAACCAGCGUUGGGGAGAGAUUCUGCAGACAUAAAUCUUUAUCUUCACUUUCUGUGGAAACCAGGAACAAAAACUAAAAUAAAAUAGUACCUUUAAUUUUACCAGUCCAGCCCAUUGUAUGAAAUGGAAUCAAAAUCAUUGCAACACAAGCAUAUUGUAUCUAAUGAAAUAUCCAGAAAGCCAGACAACAAAACAGGACCAAACGGAGAUGAACAGAUAGUUGCAGAAAUCAUGGGAAGGCGUUUCCCUCCAUCACUGAUAACCAUCCAAGUCUGGGAAGGAUUCCAUUUUGCUGGCCACAAGAUAAAGAUCACAGAAGCCACCGACAGUUACGGAGCUGUAGUCUGGUCUUCGGCUCUUGUUAUGUGCCACUUUUUGGAAACUAAUGUGAAAUCAUAUAACAUGGUUGACAAAAACGUAAUUGAAAUUGGAGCUGGAACAGGUCUGGUCUCUAUAGUAGCUAGUUUCUUGGGUGCACGUGUGGUUGCCACUGAUCUGACCGAACUGCUGGGGAACCUUCAGUACAAUAUUCUCAAGAACACAAAGAUGAGAUGCAAAUAUGAACCCCAAGUGAAAGAACUGUUUUGGGGGGUCGACUUGGAGAAGAAUUUCCCCCAGUCUUCGUGCCAGUUUGACUACAUUUUGGCUGCUGAUGUGGUAUACGACCACCCUUACCUGGAGGAGCUACUCCUUACUUUUGACCACUUGUGUAAGGACAACACUGUCAUCAUCUGGGCUAUGAAGUUCAGACUGGAGAGGGAAAACCAGUUUGUGGACAGAUUCAAAAAACUGUUUGACCUGGAAGUGAUUUCUGAUUUCCCCAGCUUAAAUAUAACCCUAUUCAAGGCAAAGAGAAGGUGCAGAGUGAAAUGGUAUCCAUUUAUUGCAACCUGACUGCUAAUAAGUUGUUGUCAAUGCAUAUUUAUCUUUGUUAGCCAUUUCUCAUGGACAUGCUAGGUUUGAAUGUGCAGUAAUGGUAGGCACAGUGCUCAAACAUUUGAUUCCCACCUGCAAUCUGAAGUAAUACAGCCCAUCAACAGAUUCAUGAUGGUGCACUUCAGGUCCACAUAUGCCUUUGAAUACACUGCUGUUGAACUGCAACACAUGCUUUUGCAACUAUAUGCAGAUAAAGUGCAAAGUCAGACCAACAUCCAGGUUUGAUAUGUACUCCUUUAAGGAAAACAAAUUACUCCAGUGACACAGGUAUAGAUUUGUGUAGGAGCACAUUAUUAAAUACCCCUCAAUACAAAAGCAAACAUUGUUUGCAGAUAGAAAAUGAGCUUGUCAGGAAGCCAGGCCCAGUUCCUUCACAUGAUAGAUCAUCAUCAUCAUCAUCAUCAUCCAACAACAGCAACAACAACAGCAGCAACAGCAACAACAACAACAUAGUUUUCUAUGUGCAGGCCUGGCCUCCAAGAGGUCUUCUGUAUCUUUAAAAGUUGUGGAGGGGGAAGGGAGAAUUUCACGUGGUUUUUCCCAUUACAGGGUUGCAAGAGCAACUGCACUUGGCUGACUUUCUCUUCUCCUAAAGAUACAGGAUCAGUCUCAGGCCAUGGACCUGGCAACCCUAGUGGGGAACACCUCGAUGUGCCCCCACAAUCCCUUUGCCUAUGCUUAUAUACAUGAGAGAAAGCAAAAAGGAUGUGAGAGCAAUCUGCAGGGAAGGGAUAGGAGGGAGCAGGAACUGUUUGCCUUGAAGAGGGAGAAGAGUUGGUUGUGUGUGUGCACGUGACUCUAGGUAGAAACACAGUCACUAUUCUGCAGGUUCUAGAGUGGCACAUGAUGCUAGUCAAACCCUGCCCCCUUUUACUGUAAAACCUGGUGGGAGCAGCUUGAGUGCAUUUUUUUAAAAAUCAGCUUCAAGAGAUUUCACAGCUGAUCAGCAGAUCAACCUGUUCCCCCUCCAGGUAUGGCCAACUGAAGUGCUUUGCUCUGGUAACUAGUGUGUUCACAGCUUCAAAGCCACAGAGCAUACAGGAGUGGCAUAGGGAGGGUGGGUCCAAAAGCCCUCAGACCUCACAUUUAAUCAAAGGAAAAUGGCAGCUAACUAUACUUCAAGCCUGUGCUUGAAAUAUUCUGCUGUGCUAUCACGUAAUGGAAACCUGGUAUGCAAGCAAAUGUGAGCCGUAAUCAUAAGCUGACAACUAAAUAAACAGGCAGUGAAAUAAUUCAAAGCUGAGUUAGGUGCAAAAACCCAAGUCUGUGGCUUGGCAUAACUGUACGUCAGAUGCUCACCAAUGUGCAAUUUAUGUGUUGUCUAUGCUAGGGAUAGUUUUUAUUUUGGAGGAGCGCCAGCCUAGUGCACGAUACGCCUGAAAGUCAAAAGGGAGCAUGUGCGCCAAAUCUCUGUUGGAAGAGUGUUCCACCAUAUGGAACUGGCAACACUAAAUGCCCAGCUUCUGGUUGAAUCCAGUUGGGCCUCUGUAACAUUGGAGACAACUGUGCUCCUCCGGUGAUCAAGCUGGGAUAUAAGGGCUCAGGUAGUCUUUGUGGUAUCCUCAAGUUGUUUAGGACUUUGUAUAUCAAGCGCCUUGAACUGGCUGGUAGGAUACGGAUAGUCAGUGCAGAUGUUUUAGCAGAGGUGCCACAUGCUAUUGGCUAUCUGCCCCCAUCAGUACAGUAGCCACUGCAUUCUGCCCCAGCCAGAGCUUCUGGACCAGGUAUCAACCAAUGUACGCUGUCAAGUGUUGUGUCUGGUUUUGUGUCUUUCAUUGUGCAUCAUAUUGUACUUGAAUUAAGGGAUGCCUACUAUAUGUCUCGUCUGUGAGUCAUCUCACUGUGCCCUGGAAGGACUAUACCACUUCAGGCCACAGGUGUGGGAUCACACAUCUGAGUGCAUCUCCACAUUAAAAAUAAAUUUACAAAUCCUGUUGUUUAAAUGCUAGAAGAAUUCGAGCCUAGCCUAGAUGACACAAAAGAUAUCAACUGUGAGAAAGUUUUUGUAAAAAAAAAAAGUGGGGUCAGUGUCAUCAAACAUGUAACCCCGCCCAGUUGUAUUCUGAGGUGAUAUAGCCCUUCUAGGAUUGUACCACAUUCUGCUUCUCUUUGAUUGAAUUGAUCCUUAAAGGGUAACAGUUCUUUCAACUCAGAAAUAUAUUUUCUAAGACAAACUUUGACAGUGACAUAAGUGAGUGAGGAGACCAGAGAGGGGGUUAUGUUAAUAUGAUUUCCUCCCAAUUAUUGUUAAUCAGGAAAGCCCUUCAGCAUCAAUGGGAAGGAAAAGGAAAAAAUUUAGAAGAACUAAAAUAGCUGCAGAUGAGUUUGUGCUGUUACUGAAUGUAGCUUGUUAGGUAACUAUGUAGAGCUCAUUUUAUUUAUGUUAACAGAUGAGAAUUGCGUUGCUGAUCUGUGCAGAAAGGACUGCAGCAAGGUUAAUAAAAAAAAUACAUGAAAGAAAAGAAGGCUUCUUUACACACGAAUGUAUGGCUUAAUAGUUGCAUAAAAUAUCUUUUGCUGCUUUUUUUUUAAAGUUAUAAUUCUGGAGUUUAAGGCAAGUCAAAAUCUGUACUACCAAAAAUUAAAAAGUUGAAUUAUGGAGCCUGUAUAGAGGUGACUGUGGUUAGGUACAAAGAUGUAUGCAAAGCAAUAAGAAGCAAUCCCUCAGUCAAACAGCUUCAACUCCCUUAACACCCUAAAACAAAUAACCACACAUGCGUACAUUUGUUGGAGCCAUUUUAUUACCCCCCCAGCCAACUUUCAAUGUAUCUCAGGAUAAUAAAAUGUCCCAAAACAAAACCAUGUGUGAUAGUCAAUGCUAGUUCUACUCAGAGUAGAACCAUUGAAGUUAAUGGAUAUGACUAACGUAGCUUCAUGAAUUUCAGUGGGUCUAUUCUAAGUUGAAUACAACCUUGUAUGUGUAUUGUCAGCAUCCCUGGAGCAGGCUGCAAUCCUAAUCAUGUCUACUCAGAGGUAAGUCAUACUGAAUUCAGUGGCGCUUACUCCAGGGUUGGGAUUGGAGCUUCCGUUUUGAUUUGAAAAAUCCCAUGGGACAUUUUUUACCCCAAACUUGGCGUAGUUUACAUUGGCCUGGGGCAAAAAAGCAUUUCAGUGGCCAAAAUCAAUAGAUUUCUUCGAAUAUCUUAUGACUUGGGUGCUUUUGUUAUUUUUCAGAAAAAAAGAAAUGUAAAUGGUUAUAAGUGGCUGAAAUUAUGGGGACAUUGUCACCUGCCCAGUAGCAAACAGUGUUGAGAAAGACUACAUUUCAGGUCUACAUCUGUGCAAAUUCUGCAAACUGUGCACUGGGGGAGGGGGGAUGUUUCUGUUCCUGGCUUGAAAAGAGUUUAAAUUAAAAUCUGCAUCUUUAGUCUCAGAUGCUUAAGUCAGUGUCCAAUUCCAAUGUUUUUGUUUCAUUAUAUUGUUUGCAACUAGAGAAUACUCCCCCCACUCUUCAACUGCACUUCUGCUUCGUAAUGUUUAUCAUGUGUUCAUGAUGCUUGUACAUCAGUACCCUGCGAGAACCAUUGUCGUGCAAACUACAGCUGACCAGCUGGAUGUCUCUUUUCCGUAUGACUACUAAAGGGGCAGGAAGUCUGUCUUCUUUUCCACGUGGCCAUACGGUAGGUUGGGGCUCCUAAAGAACAAGGUCCUUCAUAAGGAAAUAAUGUAUGCUUGGAGAGAGACUCCCUUUUCUAUCCAUGAGUGGAGUCACAUCCAACAUGUCACACUGUUCUAUACCACCAAUUUAUGUAGUUAUAGGAUUGUGGGAGGUGGGUUUGGAUGAUAUCUGUGAGACCCCCUUCUAGCUUAUUAUUGUGUGCCUGUAAGAGAUGCAGUCUGCAAUGGAGAGACCUGCUAAACAGGGCAGUUUCGUUUGCUUAAGUUAAUAGUUUAGCCAACUCAGCCUGUGAGUUAAUAGGCUUAUUGAGUGGUCAAUCUGCAUAUCCAAAAAGAUGUGGCUAAGAGAGAUCCUGUUGCUACUGGAACUCUUUUGAGGAGAGAGAGGCACUCCUCUCUCUCUUCCUGGAGUCAAGAAGUAUAGGAAAACCAUAUAUCAUAUAAGACACCACAGUCUCUGCUGACCUUCUUUCCAAAGAAACCAAACCCUGAAUAAGCACUAGGGUUGCCAGAUCUCUGGUUAUCGCCUGGAGACUCUGGUUUUUGGGGGUCCUCUCUGGGUGAGUCACCUUAAUCUCCAGACUCUUAGCUUUCUUUCUUUUCUUUUUUUUAAAGUAAGUUUCUAGGUGGUCUGGUUCAAAAGAUGUAAACCAAAAUGUCAGCCCCCCCCCCCAAGCAACUUCUGUUAGUGCCGGCUGCUCUUAUCCUUGCCUUUUCAGGUUUUUAGCCAAUAAGUGAAGUCAGGGUUGUGAUUGACAAGAUUGGUCGACCCCCAGACAGUACCUAAACCCCAUUUCAAGUGUUGAGAACAGUUACCUUUUCCUGCUUGUCUCACACCAGGAAUUCAGUAAAUAUAUAGCUUUGAGCAGCAUAAAGAGUACUUUCUCUGUACAGGAUUAGGACUUGCUUCUGAGUAAAUAUGCAUAGGAUUGUACUACAACAGAAGAUCACAGCAAGAUCUUGGUGUGCAUACACAGUAAAUAGUUUUAAAUAUAAUAAAAGUGUAUAUGCAGUUUUUAAAAUUACUUGCAAAAAUGACAUAUUAUACACUUUAUCUUUCAAAUAAUUUUUGAACAGAAGUUUUAAAAAGUGUACAUGCUGCAGUGUUAUAGUUUUCUAAUUAAGGAGUCAAACAAGUUUAAAUUUUACUGGACUGUUGAAGAGGGCAGUUUAUUUGUCUUACUCAUAACCUGUUUUGAAAACCUUCCCAAUAUGAAUCUUUCUGGGAGUAAAGCUGCAAUGCUAACUCCACAUACUUGGGAGAUAACCCCAUUGAAUUCAGUAGACUUACUUUUGAGUAGACAUGGUUAGGAUUGUGCUGAAAAUCAGUGGGACUUUUGAGUAAACAUAGAAAAUGAUUGUGUUGUAAAUCUUUCUCUCCCCCUCCAAUUCUUUUUUUUUUUUAAGCAGUUAGGCAGGGCUUACUUAGAUGUCACUGUGUUUAUUUGUCAGGAAACUAAUACUUUUUAAAAAAAGUUCUGCAAUGGCCAACUGGUUUGGACAAUAAACUAUUAUAUGGGGUGUAUGUAUUUUUACACCUCCAGCGUGUGUGUAUAUGGAAUAUUUCCAACAACACUGUGGGGUAGGAUUAGAAACCAAGACAGCUCACAACAAGAAAUAAAACCAUUUAAAAUUUAAUAACCAUAAAACAAGUAUAAAACAGUUGCAGAACAGCUUAAAGUGGCAUGACUCUGAAUUUUGGAUUGGAUGAUUAUCACUGAAUUGCAGUCCUGUGCAUGCUUCCUUGUCUGAGUAAGCUCCAUUGAAUACAUUGGGACUUGCUUCUGAGUAAACUUGCAUAGGAUUACACUAUAAAUAUCUUUACAGGUUGUGUAAAUAAUAAACAAUUUGUAAUUCAUGCUUAUAUAAAUAUUUCUUGGUAUGUAUCUGAUUUCAUACUAUGGUUGUAAAUUAUUAUUUUCAAAUUAUUAUUUCCUCUACAUUUUAAGUGUGCCCUUCUUCCUUGGGGUGGUCAUGGUCCCCCUCUGUUGUUUUCACCCUGAGGGGAAGAUUAGGCUGAAAGAUGGUGCAUAGCCCAUGGUCACCCAAUAAACCCUUGUAGCUUAUUUCAAUUUUAAAAUUUAAUUAAAAUGAUUUCUAUGCAGGCAAAGUUAAUGAAGUAAUGCAGAUCCACAUAAUACAUUUAAAGCACAUCCAACUCACAUUUAAAGUGCAUGACUUCCCACAAAGAAUCCUGGGAAGUGUAGUUUCCCCCUCACAGUUAUACUUCCCACCACACUUAACAAACUACAGUUCCUAUGAUUCUGAGGUGGGAUUCAUGUGCUUCAAAUGUAUGUUGAAUGUGCUUUAAAUGCAUGGUGUGCAUCUGUCCUAGUAUGCUGUGCAUUCAUUCAUGAAUUGAAAAGAACAAUUUUAAAAUAUACUUUUUAAAACAGGGCUGUAGCUUAGUGGUAGGGCACAUGCUUUGCAUGCAAAGGUUCAAAAUUCAAUCUCUGGAAGAGACUACUGCUUGGAAUCCUGGAGAGUCAAUGCUAGUCCAUGUCAUCAGUACUGAGCUAGAUGGUAUCAAAUGGCCUGACUCAGUAUAAGUCAGACUCCUUUGUGCCUAAAAGGCCACAGUGACUCAAAAAUUUAUUUAUGUAUUUUACGAACAUUUAUAUACCGCUUUAUUGUAAAAAACAACAACCCUGAAAGCAGUUUAUAGAAGAAUUAAAACAAUAAAAUUAUUGACAAAAGGUAGUUAAAGACAAGUAUUCAAAAACAUUCAAAAUAAUAAAAUCAACAAUCAGUUAAAAACAGAUCAUAAUAGCGUCUACAUGCCUGGGUAGGCUUGCCUAAACAAAAAUAUUUUUGGCAGGUGCCAAAAUGAGUACAAUGAAGUGUCUGCCUAAUGUCAAUAGGCAGGGAGUUCCAAAGUGUAGGUACUGCCACACUAAAGGAUCCAUUUCUUACAAGAGCAGAACAAGUACUAUGUGGCACCCAUAACAUGGAAAGCACACCUUGAACUUGGCCUGGUAGCAAAUCACCAACCAGUGUAGAUUUCAGAGCAGAGAUAGUACGUGCUGAUAGGGUCUCACUCAUGUCAGCGAUUGUGCCACAGCAUUCUGCACUAACUGCAGUCUCUGGCUCAGGUUGUGCUGCAUGGCGAUUUCUGUGACCUUGGCUGACUGGCUGUCAAGAUGUUGUUAGUUUUUGGUCAGGAACCCCAACUGUGGGAUGUUGAGUUUUCUGUCUUAGGGCUCAUUCACAUGGGAGCUGAACUUCGUAUUAAAGACACAGCUUUUGCCAUUAUGAUAGAUUUGCAAGGUUCACACUUCUGUUAGGAGAAAUACUUUGGGCCCAGGACAAGUUCAGAAACACUUAGAGUCUUUGUGAACCAGAGUUGCAAAGCAUGAUGGAACACUGAUGGGACGGGAGGGGGAGCACAGCUGCUCUAAGUUUCGUUUCCUCUCCUGGGAACUUAGCCCUGAAGGUGCCUACCAGUUGGCACCAAUGUUUUGAGGAGAUAAUCACUCAGCUGUCCUUGACUGUUUUACAUCCCAAGUGCCUUGUACUUUCUUCACGCUAAUGUAUCUGUCUUGUAGAUAAUCAGAGGCUUGUAUUGCUUUCUGAAUUCUCUCUGGAUACUCCCUUAGAGAAGUAGUAAUAGGAUCACAUAGGGUUAUUGAUAAGCGCCCUUUUCAGGGCUACAUGUAUCUUCUUGUGUAUAUGUUCCCAUGUUUUAUGACCCCCAAAGUGUCAAACCAUCCCCUCUUCCCGGCCCUUAUCUUUGAACAUAUUGCUCAUGGGUCCGAAUUCCAAAGGAAGGACAUCCUGACAUCUGAUACAUAGCAAGUGAUAUGUGGCUUGGGUCUGUUACUUGUCUCAUAUGUUAUGUUACAUUCUGUUUAUUGACAUUUAUUGAUGUUUUGCUUAUAAAACCUAUAUAUUGGCAUUAGUGAAAAUAAACGGGGUCUUCAUUCUUGCCAGGCUGUUGUGCCUGUGUUGAGACUGAGGCCACUUUUUGAUCAAGAA